ACCGGAGCGGAGCCAUGGGGAAGCUGCAGGAAUUUGACAUCACUUUUACCAACAACAAGGUGGUUUACGGCCCGGGGGAGUCCAUCAGCGGCACCGUGAGGAUCCGAACCGGCACCUCUCUGCAGUACAAAGCCAUCAAGGUGAACUGUCAGGGCUCAUGUGGGAUCACAAACAAAUUGAACGAUGCCUCUUGGAGUCUGGAGGAGCAGUACUUCAACAGCACACUGUCGGUGGCAGAUAAAGGAACCCUGUCGGCCGGUGAACACAGCUUCCCGUUCCAGUUUCUCAUUCCAGUCGCCGCCCCCACCUCUUUCGAAGGACCCUUUGGUAAGAUCGUGUACCGUGUUCGUGCAGCCAUCGACACGCCUCGCUUCUCGAAGGACUACAAAGCCCAGAAGCCCUUUUACCUUCUCAACCUGCUCAACCUCAACCAGGUGCCGGACAUCGAACAUUCGAGUUACGCUGUGACCACUAAGAAGUUUAAUUACCUCCUGGUGAAGACCGGGACCCUGAUGCUGAAGGCUCGCAGUGACCUGAGGGGUUACAUCCCCGGUCAGGUCAUCAAGUUGGCCACCGAGAUUCACAACAAGUCUGGGAAGGAUACGGGCUGUGUCCUGGCCAGUCUGAUCCAGAAAGUGACCUAUAAGACCAAGCGGCCUGUGUUCGACCUGCGAACCAUCGCCGAGGUGGAAGGCGCCGGCGUGAAGGCGGGAAAACACGCCGAGUGGAGGGAGCAGAUCAUCGUCCCUCCUCUUCCUCAGUCGGCGCUGGCUGGCUGCAGCCUCAUAGACAUCGACUACUUCAUUCAGGUUUCAUUAAAGUCUCCGGACGCCGUCGUCACUCUGCCCAUCUACAUCGGGAACAUCGCUGUGAACUUGUCUCCGUCCAGGACCGUGCCGUCCAGUCCGGACCACUUGGGCGUGGGCGUCCCUCUGAGCGCCACAGGGGUGACCCCCAGCGCCCCGCCUGCAGAGGAUGACCUGGAGGAGGAGCUGUGUGCGGGAGGCGUGGCCAGCGAGGAGAUUCCCACUAAGAGCCACUCCCAGCAGGAUCCGUCGGGACCGCCCCCGGUCACCAUGUCCCCCAGCGCCUUCAGCCACGCGCCGGGGGCGGCGCUGCCCCCCAGCCACCGGCGGCCGGACGCCUCGGCCCCGCUGUUCUGCGUGUCCACGGGGGCCACCAUACCGUUCUACACCGAGGGGAACGUGACCCCGGUGCCCACAUCCUGCUCCCUCAUCCUGCCCCCAGAGUACAGCAGCUGGGACUAUCCUCAUGAGCCUCCGCCCACGUACGAGGAAAGCUGCAGCAGCGCCAACUCCAGUUUCAACAGCAGGCAGUAGAGGGCGCUAACCAAGCAGCCAUCUGGCCACGCCCACUCGCCGCCGUCUGCGCUCGCCUCCGGACAAAUGGGGACGGAGACUCGCCGGGUUGAACGGACGAAAGACGAAUCCACGGCGACGCUCCAGAGACCGUUCAUUUGUCCUGUAGGAAGGAACGGAGGGAUGGUGACUUUUAUUUCCAGCAGGUCGACAUCACUGUGCCUACGAGGGUUCGGGAUAUCCAGUCAUCGCACUUCUGUGGGGGCGGGGUCAACUUUGUUGUUUAUUCUCUCUUUUUUUUUUCUCCCUCAUCUGUGAUGCCUUGAAAACAAAAGGUGAACGUUAAACCAGGAGGUGUUUGUUCAGCUACGGAACCUCUGUCUGUCCUUUCUACAGGGUGAAUCAAAAAAAAACUACACAUUCUGAAAAACGACCCCAGUUCCGCAUUUGAUAAUUUUUGUAAUUUUCUUUUGUGGAUGUCUGUAGGUAGAGGACUGGUGGGUAUUUGUCCACAUUUACAGACCCAGGUUUACAUGCAUGAGUGGGCAUGGGACAGUUGUGCAAUCCAAGUUAAAACUGGUUUGUGCGAAGUAGCGGUGGAUUUAAAUCUAAUCAAAGGUCAUGAGAGGGGCCGAU